AUGUUGCAAUUUUAUGUUGGCAAUAGCAUUAGUCAUUAUUGACGAAAGUCUGAUUUUCAAGUCAAUUGUUCAUGUACGAAGGUGUCUUUUGUUUUUAAUUAUUUCAGUCGAACUUGAAUAGAUAUCACUAUAGCGGACGAAGAGACACAUUUUCAAGUAAGAUAAACUUUGCUUCACAUUACUUUCAAUGAUAAUACAUUGAUAUCAGCUGAACAUAAUGGGAGACAAAUGCCAGAACCAGCAGCUCACAAACCCGUGGCAGUAUCCUCCACCAUAUGGAAUUUACAACCCUUAUGCCAAUCAACCUUAUGGACACACUGGAUAUGGCCGUCCAGGGCAAUAUUUCUAUGGUUAUUCAGGAAUGGGCUAUAAUCCAAAUGGCCCACAAUGUCCAAAUGGACCAAAUAAUCAGAAUGUCCCUCAAAUGCAGGGUAUGAAUCAUGCAAUGUCUAACAAGUCUUUUCCAUCAGACUUUGGUCAACAGAACAGUGCCAUUUCAAAUAAUCCACAAGAUUCCAAUGACAAGAAAUUAGGAGAUCGUAAUGACUUGCCACCUCUUCCUCCUGGACCACCACCACCACCACCUUUAAGUGGUCACAAUUACUCAACGCCUGUGCCUCCCGGUACUUCUCUACUUAGGCCACAGUUUUAUGGCCAGACUAAUAACACUUAUAACCCAGUCAAGUUUAAUCUUGCCAAUAAGAAAACUGGCCUUGGUUUCAAACCAUUCAACAGUGGUGGUGGGAACAAGAAGAAACGCAAGAAGAACAAAAAUAACCAAUUCAACAAUAGCUUCAACAAUUCCAUGGUUGGAAAUAGUCCAUUGUUCUUGCAUCCACCUCCUCUCCCUCCUCCUGAAGCUGCCCCACCUCCCUUUCCACCAUUGCCACCACUUCCACAGGAACCAGCUCCACCUACCCCACCAAGCGAAGACCCACCCCAAGAUGAAGGAAUGGACCCAGGCAAGAUAGUAAAACCUAUGGAAACAAAUGCUGAUACACCAUUUUCUGUCACAACAAAGACUCUAGAAGAACGUGCCUCGGCUGCUGUGAGCAACUCGCAAACCCAGCAGAAAACACUGUCAACUCCCACUGCCCCUUUCAAUCCUUCUGGUGAUUGGCCAGAGAGCCUUAAGAAAUACGUGAAUCGUUGUUAUGCCAAAUGUGUGGAGAAUGUGGACAAGGACCAGGUAGAGAUAAUACUUAAGGGCAAGAUUACAAGGGCAGCCAACGAAGGUUCACUCUGGAUUAAGAAUUGGGAUAAUGAGCCCCUCCCGAGUAUACACAGCGAAAGGAAGUUUAUUGAGAUCAAGAAAACUUACCCAACAUCUCCUGAUCUCAGUGGUUCGAGCUCAACACCACAGAAGCAACAGUCUGGAGGACGAGGCAAGAAAUCAGGCCUGUCGGCUGCGAUGGGAUCACGGUUAGGAGUUCGAAGUUAUAGGAGAAGGUCUCGGUCGAGAAGUAGGUCAAGAACAAGGUCGCACUCCAGGUCUCCAUCACUAAGCAGGUCAAGGAGGAACAGGUCAAGGUCCAGUGACAGUUCACGCAGUCCUGUUCGUCGCAGGCGAACUAGAAGUGACAGCUCAUCAAGCAGUGACGAGAAUUUCAAGCCCCUUAAGGUAACAAAGAACCGCGGAGGAAGUCGAGUUGCUGAUAGACUUUCCCUGAAGGGACGAAAUGGAAAUAAGAACAAGGGAAAAGGAAGACAGAACAAUAAGGGGGCAAAAUCUCACUUUUAUUCAGAAUUUGGGUUAAACAGUGAUGAACUUGGCAGCUCAGAACGUCUCCAGCAACGGGCUGCAAGAUUCAAUUCUAGUUUAAAGAGCAACAUGAGCAUCACAUCAGUUUCACCAAUCACACCACAGCGUCGCAAGAAACCUUUAAGCUUAGUCACCACCAUAAAUAAUAUGAAUAUCAUUGAGGAUUUGAAUGGAGAUAUAGACUGGUCAGAAUUUCAUGUUGUAGGGACAUGUCAAGAUAUUGAGAAACCCUAUCUUCGACUCACUUCAGCCCCUGAUGCUUCAAUAGUUCGACCAGUGGAUGUUUUAAAAAGUUCAAUCAAGAAAGUGAAAGAUCGCUGGGUAGAAUCUCAGGAUUAUUGCUAUGCCUGUGAUCAGAUGAAAUCAAUCAGGCAAGAUUUAACUGUUCAAGGGAUUCGUGACUCAUUUACCGUGGAGGUAUAUGAAACACAUGCAAGAAUUGCUCUGGAGAAAGGAGACCAUGAGGAAUUUAAUCAGUGUCAGACACAACUCAAGAUGCUGUAUUCUGAAAUAGGUGGUGCCAACAGGCUGGAAUUCACUGCAUACCGCAUCCUAUACUACAUUUUCACCAAAAACACUCUUGACUUGACUACAAUUUUGGCAUCACUAACUCCAGAAGACAAAACUGAUGAAUGUGUGGCCCAUGCACUAGCAGUACGCUCAGCCUGGUGGCUGGGUAAUUAUCAUCGCUUGUUUAAACUUUACACGGAAGCACCUCGUAUGGCAGGAUAUCUGGUUGACUGGUUUGUGGACAGAGAGCGGAAAGCUGCCAUCAAGUGUUUGAUUAAAUCCUAUCGUCCGUUUUUGCCCCUGAGUUUCGUGGUGCAGGAAUUGGCUUUCGAUUCGGAUGAGAAGUGCUUAGAGUUUAUAACACCAUUUGGCCUCACAUUUGAGGAUAUCCAGCGGACCAAGAUUGAUUGCAAAGCUAGUCUUGCAGCUCUCAACACAGUGUGAAAUGUUUGGUUGUAGGGAGGUCCCAAAGGGUUGUUCACAUCUUCAUAUUUCACAAAUGAAACCCUUCAUAAUUUUUCACUGCCAUUAUAUGUUGUCACUUAUUUUAUCUACAUAGACCUGUAACUGGUCAUUCAGAAGCCAUGGGAAUAUUAUUUCCUGUUAAUCAAGUUGUAAUUAAACACAAAGAAGCAACAUAUUUUUGUUGGAUAUUUCCUGCAAACAAGGACAGUGGUGUGAUUGUGUAAUGAGACAUUUUCAUACAUGUCCCAGUGAGAAAACAGAUGUGUACAUACUUGAUAAUCAUGUGAAGACAGCACAUUCCAUGCAUUCAUUACAAAGUUUUGUGAAGAGGACAAUUUCUUCCUGCAAGAAAAUUAUGCUAGUUCGAUCCAGCACAGGAAAUGUACAGAAUUGGAAGAGAGUGGAUUCAGCAGAGGUUUCAACUUCUAAAGUCAGAAUAUUCUGACAUGAAUAUAAAAUUGUAAUAUACAGAAACUACUGAGGUACAUGUUUACAUCUUUGAAAUUGCAAUUUAUCAGGAAUGCUAGUUAUUAACAUACAUUGUUUAUGAAGUUUGGAAGCAUGAAGAGGAACAUGCCUAUUGAAAUUUGAAGUCCUUCAGUCCACAAGGGAAAUUUCAAAUGGAAAAUGUAUGGUGAAGAUCAACAAAUUAUAAAACAAAGUUGAAGAAAUUCCUUUUUAGAGGCAAGUCACAACCAAUACAGGAUAGGAGGGAAGAGGACUUCAAAAGAGAUGGAUGCUACCAAUAAUCAUCAUAGUACAGAUAAUGGAUUCCAGUCAAGUUGCACAUGAAUUGUCUGUUAUCUAGUUAUUGUUUCAAUGCAAAUUUUAUGCUGUGCUACAUCCAUUGUUUCAGAAGAAUGGCAUUUGGAUGAAUGUAUGGUCAGAAUUUGCUUUUGGAACAAAACUGUAUGGUGCUUUAAACAUAAUUAGCUACAUUGACUAUGUUGAACUUGACAAAUUUUGGAUGUAAUCAGGAACAGACUGUCAUGACUACAUUCAGAUUUGUUGAGAGGAUUGGCAACGCAUAGGUUCUUUCACUUGCUCUUAGAGAUCCAAGUUAAUUUAAUUUGAGUUAGGAGACUAAUGUUACAGGAAUACUACCCAUCAAGAUAUCAUCUUGCAGUUACAGGAAUGUUGAGCUCUGGGAGUUUGAAGAUAGAACUAAUGAAGAAGAUGUGGAAAAAUUUGAUAGUUGAGAAGAGUUAAGAGCACUUCACUGCACUAAGGUUCCUAGACAUGCUGAAGAAACUGAGUUGACAUGUAGUGAUAUAAAUGGGCCAAACCAAAAUAAUUUCUCCAGAAAUGUUGAUGGCAGUAAACUGUAACGACAUAUCCUGUCUCAAAAGUACAAUCCCUUAGUAGUAGAAAACAAAUGGUCACAUCAGAGAGGAAAAAGCAUAUGAAAAGGAGGCAGAUAAAAAGAGUGAAAUGGAAAUGAAGUCAACACCAGCUGUGGAAAAGAAAAUAUUUAAAUUCCAUCAAAAGGUCAACCAUACCAAAAUUAACACAUUUUGCCAUUUUAUCUCUAGUACUAUUUCAUCACCACAAGAAUACAGUAUCAUGGUUUACUGCUAAUGGUUGUCUAGUUAUUCUUCUAAUAAUUGAGCCCUUUGUCAAGUUGUCUUGGUGUUUUGAUAGAUUGUUGAUCAUCCACCUAAGAGGUGUUUCCUUGUCUUCUGUAAUGUCAUUUAGAUAUUGGGACCUCCCAUCAUGUCCUGCCAGGCUAGUUGGCAUUUUGCAGCAGCAAAUUUGACUACUACAGGAUCAAAGCAGAGGUGAGCUUCAAGGAUAGAUGGGAAACGUGAAGAAAGGAGAUACAUCACCAAGAGUAAUUUCCUAGCAACAUGAAUUUCCAUUUCAUCUAGUCUGCAUAAUGGUGAGGAGACCAUAGCAUUCCCACAACACACCCAAGGGGUAGAGAAGAUGGCAACACUGAUGGGUCUCAUUUCAACAAAUUUAAUCUUAAUAUCAUUUUUCACUUCUUUGUCUACUUUAUCCCUCUUCCUUUUUUCUAGCCUUUCCUUCAUUUGUUUUUCGCUCAUCUUAUUCACCAGCUAUGUCAUCUUUUUAGUUUUCUCUUUUUUGCCCAAAAAUUAACUUAAUUUUUCUUUCAGUGUAUAUUUAUAUAGUGAUGGAAAUAUAUUUAUUAUAUAAACUGAUAUUUCUGCUGCUAAAUCAAAGUUCCACAUGUUGCAGUAACAAGCAGUUUAUGAUGAAAGUGGGGUAUUAAGAGAAACUUUUUUUAUUUAUCUAGGAAAAAUAACAAGCUUGAAGGUAAUGUGUAACACAACUUUCUAAGUUUUAAGUACUCUAUUUGUGAUAUUGGGGAAAUGGGCUUGUGUCUGGUCAAGAUUUCUUUCACUGAAGUUCUGGUUCUAAAAAAAAGUGUGUGCAUAUAUGUAUGCACAAACACAGACAUAUUUCACAUUUUUUAAACUGGAUAUAUCAGGAUGUAUGUGAGGAUAUGCACAUUGUACCUGACAAAACCUGUGGACCUGUUGAAGUAUGAAGAUUAAUGGAAGUACAAGAUGAACAGAUAAAAAUCUGGAGGUACCCUUUAUUUUCCUAUGUAUUAUGCACAUUAUGAAAAGAAAUUAUUGUAUCAAUUCAUUUUUUAGAAGUCUUCAGUAUGUUUAGCAAUUCCUGUGUUCUUAUGUACAUAUACAUCUGGGGUAGUAAUAAAUAAUGUUAAUGUUUUAUCAUGUUCAGUCAGAAUUUUUGUAGAAUAUUAAAUUCCAACUUGGUAGUAUGGAAGAAAGUCAAUCUCUCCCCAUGUUAACAGAAACAUUUGCUGUUACUUCUUUAAGAACAAAUAAAACUUUUAAAAUAUG